AUGGAGGAGCUCAAGAUGCGGAAUCUGUCAAGUGGCAAAAGCCCCGUUAAAAGUCCUAAGCGGCCUCCUCCGCCACCUUUAUCUGCUCGCGUUAAAGUUGCAGUUCGAGUUCGCCCACCAGUAGCCAGUAAUGGAAAUGAAAUACCCCAACUAUGUGUAUCAGAGUCAGAACCGGAGACUGGGGCCAAUGCUGACAACGCGAUCCAGUUCCAGCUUGACAAAACUCAAAAGUCGUUCAAAUUCGACCACAUUUUCUCGACCGAAGCUUCACAAGCUGAUGUGUACAUUGCGGCUCUGCAUCCACUUCUAAUGUCCUUACUGCACGGCUUCAACGUUACGGUGCUCGCAUACGGUCAAACUGGGUCUGGUAAGACCUACACUAUGGGAGGCGCAGAAACCUCGGCCGUAGAAUGUGGCAAUGACGAUGGACUUAUACUACGCUUCUUGCGUGAUUUCUUUGCUGCGUUACGCAAGGAAGCGAGCAUUAAAACGACGAUCAAAAUAUCAUUUCUGGAGAUUUACUGCGACGAAAUACGCGACUUGUUGGUUGAGCGAGCUCGAAGCAACUCGCAAAAUGGUGGUCGACAAAACUCUGGUAAACUUACAAUUCACGAAGACGACUACGAUGUUUGGAUCGAGGGGCUUCAGCAAAUUAACGUGAAAAGUGUCAAUGAAGCUCUAAAUUUGUUGAAAGCAGGUCGUCAGCGGCAGACUGUUGGUGCGCACGCUCUUAACGACCAAUCCAGCCGGUCACAUGCAGUGUACACUCUCGAAGUUUCACGCACGUUUAACAACGAGAUAAAACACUCCAAACUCACAUUUGUGGAUCUAGCGGGCAGCGAACGCGUCAAGAAGACACUACUAGAGGGUCACGGCAUGAAGGAGGGCUCACACAUCAACAUUGGUCUGUUAGCACUCGGGAACGUGAUCAACGCGUUGGGUUCCAGAAAUCGACCUUUGCAGCGUCUAAACAGCCCUGCCAAUAGUCGAGGAUCUGGUAGUGGCAACAGCACCCCUCGCCACAUACCGUAUCGGUCGUCGAAGCUUACACGACUGCUGCGUGACGCCCUCGGUGGCAACUCGGUGACACUUUUCAUUGCUUGCGUUUCACCAGAGCUCACGAAUGGCAACGAAACGUUAAAUACACUGCAGUAUGCGAACCGAGCACGUUCGAUUCAAAACAAAGCGCUGAAGAAUGUGGAGGAGGCAGUCGCUGAAGAUAUAAUUAUUGAUGCGGCGUCUGGUACGGAAAAUGAGCGCUUAAUUUAUGCGUUGCAAGAGCAAGUUGCAGCGCUCAAAUUGCAAUUGGAUCAUGCUCUUGCAGCAGCAAAAGCAGCAGAAAGUUAUGAUUCUUCGCUCGCUAAUUUUUCCCAACUCGAUCACACCUCGUCGCCUCCUAACCCAGAAAACGGAGAAAUACCAAAAUUAUGCAAUCCCUCUAUAUGCAAGCGUCGGCUUCAGAUCGUUCCAUUAGAACUCGAUUUACCCGCCUACACAGACGUAAGAGAUACGAGCUGCAGCUUCCAGCGACGUCAGAAAGAAUGCUUUUUCAUCAAUUCCAGCAUUGUGAAAAAUAAAUGUACAAACCACGUUACUUCAGGAGAACAACAAUCGCUGGUUCCAGCUGAGCUAGAACUCGUCACACACACCAAAGCGUCGAUCGAACACAAUGAAGAUUUACGCGAUUACAACGAGAAUUCCGCGGCCCCGUUGCUUUCGGAACCUCAACUUAUUACUGAUGAUGUCGACUCUAUUCAAAGUGAAAAUGUUGUUUCCCGUAGAGUGAUGAUCGACCGGGGCACGCAAUAUGAACCUUUACGUCGGCAACAUGUUCGAAAGACUCCAAUUGAUUACGUUCUGCUGUCACCAAGCGAGAUUUUUCGUGAAGUGCACAACCAGAAGGUACUGGAAGGUGCUCCUUCCCCGUGGCCACACCGUCGUCGUCUCGAUGUUCAGCAUAAUGAUUCUAGACAUUGCUCAGCAAAAUUCCCCGCGGAUAACAACAACGACACUGCAAACUCCAAAAACCUAUCGUGCUCUAAACCUCGAGACGUGCUCCAUGACCUUCUUCGAUAUACUCGCCAGAUCGUCGAGAACAGUCCAGAUUUUGUGGAUUUGGAUAGUACACCAGAGGUAAAUGACCCCGACAAAAAGGAGGGACAAAGUCCAUUGUCUUUUGACACUUUCGUGGAUCGCAUGACAGCGCUGUACGAUCAGCGAAGUCGUCAGCAUCAAUUCGUGCAAAGACUCCGGCAACGCUUUCGCCACCUCGCGAGCUUGUUGGAUGUUGCAGAUAUCGACAACCAGAUGACCGAGCUGUCCAAGUACACCCUGCAAUAUCAACAAGAUUCACUGCAACAACUUCUUACAACAUUUGAGCACCUUGCUGCAGAAAGACUCUGGAUGCGUCUGCAAAAUCGAGAAGUUGCAAUUGAGAACUAUGCCAGAGUCUGGAACGACAUUUUGGCGGAGGUAUUCUUGUCAGAGGAUCAGUACGAGGCAUGUAGACCGUGGCAUUCUCAGCGCGAGGACCAUGACUUUUUCCAGCACCGCAUCUUGCCAUUUGUUCUCAACGGUUGGAUAUCUGUCACUCCACGUGAACUUGAAAACGAGCAACUUUGGCUCGCUUUAUGA